AUGGCAUUUGUGAACCGUAAUGGUGCUGCGCCCCGCACCUGUGGCGCCCCUGCUCCGCCCAGUCCCGCUGCCUCCUCGCCCCCAGUCCCCCACGCUCCCCGCCUCUUCCCGUGGGAUCCGCCUCUCCGCCAGCCUCCGCCCCUCUGGCUUCCCCUCUCUGCAUCCCGGGACUCGGAAACUCCCCUCCCCCGCCGGGGCCUGGGCGCGGCUGCCCUUCGCUUCCCCGACCUUCUGCAGCAGCUUUGGGCCCCUCGGCCGCUCCCUCCCCUCCUUCCUUGCUCACCCCUUGGUUGGCCGCGGGGUCUCCAGCGCGCCGCCCCCGCCCCCGCCCUCGGCAUCCCGCAGCGCCUGCCCGGGUCGCCCAGCCGCCCGUGCCUCCUGGCCGCCUCUGCAGUGCCGUCCUCCCCGGGGUGGCUCUCUCCCCAGGUCCCUGCGCUGGCCACCCAGGCACUUUCCGCCCUGAGAGUGGCAGCUGCUGCCGGGGGUCCUGGGACCGCGGGAUGGGAGCCCCCGCGCAGCGUCCCACAGGCUCCUGGCCGCCGCGAGCCCGCGCGACUCGCACGAACAGGUCCACCCGCAGCGAGGGGCCGGUCACUGCUACGGAGCCCGCCAGAGGGCAAAGCCCCAGACAGACAGCAAAUAGGGAGGCGGCUGGCACUUAGGGAGGCCGAGGCGGGAGGAUCGCUGGAGCCCAGGAGUUCGAGACCCGCCUUCGCAACAUACUCCCUCCAGCGUGCCAAAUGCUGCUAAUGGACAGCAGCUCCUGCCGCUCUGAUGUUGCUAGACCUCCUCAGCACUCAACCCAAGGCAGCCAGGAAGAAUGAACGAAUGGUGAUUCAGAGGGAAAGGAGGAAGCUGUGUGGCAUUUCAGAGAUACUUAUUUUAAAACUGCUAGUGGCCAUGUCUUCUUUUCCUAUCAGAGCUAAUGAGUUUUGAUAUGUGAACAUUUCUUCUCCUUCAUAGGUAAUGUGUUGAUUUGGCACUUUAAUCUUAGAAUAAUCAUUUCUAAAACCAACCCAACUGCUUUUCUUUACAGUUUUGGCCUUAGCAAACAGAUGAGUCCGUUGACUUGAGCAUUGCUUGGGCACCGUCUGUGUGCAGGUCAGGCAGGGGAUGCUGGUGGCUGGGAAACAUAGAGGAUGGAGGUGUCUUGGGUGUACAUGAAGGGGUGGGGGCAAGUCCACAGGGGGUCAGCCCCUGGCAGCAGUCCUGGAGGGCUUUGUGGAGGAAGGGAGAAUUGAGUGAGAAAGUGGUCCCCAGGUAAGAGGGAAGAGCAUCCAGGGAGAGGAGACUGCUUCUGGGAAGACCAGAGGCAUCACCUCGCAGGGGCUGGUAUGGUGGUGGCUCAGAUGGGAGGAAGAGAGAACCCAGGGAAAAUAACAGGUUCCAUUGACAGGAGGCCUGCUCUGGUGGGGAGGCGGGCUGGUGGUGGAGCCAUGGCUGCAGGCCAGGGGGAUGCCUGACCAACAGGCGUGUCGGCCAGGGUCCCUGUAGCAAAAACACGGAGCUGAGGACCUCAUGUCAGGGACCCCGUGUGGAGGGAGCCGGGGGUGGCAUCGGGAUAGUCACCUUGCUCUCCUGCUCUCGGCCUCCUGCAGCUCCCCUCACUCCCUGCCCUGCCACACAAGGUCAAACCCACCAGGAGUCAGAAGGUGAAGGGCGAGGUCCCAGGGUGAGGAGCAGGGAGGAGAUGGUGGCAGCAGGGAAGGUGACGCCUGCUGCAGAGUGAGACCUGGGACUGCCAAACACACAGUGACGGGAGCAUCCGGGAGCUGAGGAGGCCUUCGGGGGGAGGAAGACAGUGGCUGGCAGUGACAGGAAGGGAGGGUCCGCAUGGGGCGGCAGUCCCAGAGCUCAGGGCUCCCUGCCAGGCCAGCCUUUGUGGCCUGGGGGGUGGAGGUGGCAAUUGCUGUCAUAUAAUAAACACGUCAAGCUUACAAUGAAAUCUCCAGUGUGGCUUGGGAGCAAAUACAUGUGCAGGUGUUUGAGUAUCUGUGCUCUUACCUAACCUCAGGGAGCAGGAAAACGAAAGCUUAUCAUGUAAACACAUGUAAACACAUCUUCACAUUGGAACCCGCAAGACAGAGACUGGAGGCAGAAUUGAUUUCCAAGCCCAGGAUGCUGGGCAGCCUUUGGGUUUUAUGUCUGCUUGCUUGGAGCUCAGUGAUAGAAAUCUAGGCCCCAGAAGAGGAAAGGACUGUCCUGCAUAACUGGCACACCCGGGGAAUGCUUCAGGUGCAGCUGGAUCCAGGCAUCCUCAAAUAGUAUGAUUAGGACUCCACUUUCCUUUCUCAGCUUGGCUUGGCUCUGCCCUGCUCUGUGUUGUUUUCAGAUGAGGUGGGGCCUCAGCAGCUCUGGUCCUCCUGACAUCCUAGAGAAGAGCCAGCCCUUCCCUCCUGGGGUCUACACCGUCCCCUAAGGGACCUCAGACUGGGCUGAUGGAAGGUCUCAAGCAGGCCAUGUGAAGGGCAUUGCACAGGAAACACAGAAACGGGAAUCCUGUAAGGUCAGCAGAGCUCUGAGCCCUUUGUUCUUGGGCCUGUUUUUAUGGUCCUCCCUCUACAUGUAGCUCACACUUCCCUGCCCCUGUGCAGGCACCGGGUGAGGGGGUUGUCAUGGCCUCCUGCCACUCUUGAGGCUGUCAGAUAUUACCUGUGCUGUCCCUGCAUUCUCAAUCUCCAAAUUGUCAACUGAGAAAUGGUCACUU